UCUUAUCACUGACAUAACCAAAUUAAACUAUAUUUACUUAAUUUACUUCAUUAAACUUGCAUUUACUAUGCAUUUAAGUAAAUUACAUAACAAAAGCUAAAAAAAAAAGAAAUUUAUUGUAUUAAAAGAACUCAAUAACCAUUUACGAAAUAAAUUUGACAGUUAUGUAAAUUGUAAAAUUUAUGUCAACUAGGUAUGAGCAUUAUCCAGCAUUAUCUCUAGAAAGCGUGAUAUGAUAUUUUUUUUUUAAUUUGCUUCUGAUUGUACGAGUAAAUAAAUUGUAGAUAUGUCUAAUAAGCGUAAUCAGCUUUUUUUUGUCAGUCCUAUAAGAUUUUCUUACGAGAUAAAUUUAAAAUAAUUAUCAGUAAUACAAAAAACGUUAAUGGACAAGUUUUACUUUCUAAAAACACGUGUUCACUAUUUCACGUGUCAAUUUUAAUUUCCUUAUUAUUUUGUUGUUUUACACUUUAAUAGGAUUCUAUUUAUACAUUUAAAAAAAGAUAUGUUUAUUUUCUGCGCUGUAAGUAAAAUACGAGUAUAAGAUGUUUCGGUCAAUUUUUAUUACUAAAAGACUUGCAACAAUAUGUGCUUCUGAAUUCGCCACAGUCGCUGGCAUAUCACCCAGAAUUCAAAAAUUCCGGGAGAAAAUAAAAGAAAAUGUCGAACAAAAUGUACUGAAUGAUUCCUUUGGUCGACAUCAUGAUUACUUGAGAAUAUCACUGACUGAACGUUGUAAUCUUCGAUGUUUGUAUUGUAUGCCUGCUGAAGGUGUAAAACUAUCUGCUAGAAAUAAUAUUCUUACCACGGAUGAAAUACUUAAAAUAGCAGAUAUUUUUGUUGAAGAGGGUGUUAAAAAAAUCCGAUUGACUGGAGGAGAGCCUACUGUUCGUAGAGAUAUUGUGGAUAUUAUUGCUGGGUUGAAGCAGUUUGAAGGUCUGAAGAGUAUUGCAAUGACAACAAACGGUUUGACAUUAACACGUCAGCUGCCGUCACUUCAAAGAGCUGGUUUGGAUGGUCUGAACAUAUCAUUAGAUACCCUUAAAGAAUCUCGAUUUGAGAAAUUUACUCGAAGACGAGGUUGGUCUAGAGUAAUAGCUGCUAUAGACUUGGCAGUUCAGUUAGGAUAUAAUCCAGUCAAAGUGAAUUGCGUCAUAUUGAGAGGAUUUAAUGAAGACGAACUGGUGGACUUUGUUAAUUUUACUAGAGAUAAACCAGUAGAUGUUCGAUUUAUCGAGUACAUGCCAUUUUCUGGAAAUGAAUGGGAGGAGAAGAAAAUGGUUUCCUUUAAUGAAAUGUUGGGAAUUAUUAAAAAAGAAUUUCCUGAACUGGAAAAAAUUUCUGACAAACCUAACGACACCUCAAAGGCGUUUAAAGUUCAAGACUUCCAAGGACAAAUUGGAUUUAUUACUUCCAUGAGUCAAAAUUUCUGUUCAUCGUGCAAUCGGUUAAGAAUCACAGCUGAUGGGAAUUUAAAAGUCUGUUUGUUUGAAGGAAAAGGUGAAGUUUCAUUAAGAGAUGCUAUUCGAAACUGUAUGUCCAAAAACGACUUGAAAAACUUGAUAAAAUCAGCUGUUAUGCAAAAGAAUAAACAACAUGCUGGAAUGUUUAACCUGAGCAAAAUGGAAAAUCGGCCAAUGAUUCUCAUCGCUUUUAUCAGAAGACUACUGCGGAAGCAUAAUAAGAAAGUGCAAAAAGAGAUAAAUAACGAGUCACUUACUAAUAAGCUAGAAAAUAAUUCAUAUACAAUCGAAUUGAAAUUGCAUAAUGAAAUUUUUAGUACAAAAAGACAUUUCCUAGAUUCUCGCAGCAUCUCAAGGGGUUAUUCAACUUUAUCACACGUUGAUGAAACUGGAAAGUGUAACAUGGUGGACGUAGGAUCUAAAGAGACAACUAAACGAAUCGCUCAAGCCCAAGGACAUAUUUACGUUGGCCCAACGAUAAUGAAAUUGAUAAACGAAAAUAGCAUAAAAAAGGGAAAUGUACUUGCCGUUGCGCAAUUGGCAGGUAUAAUGGCUACAAAGAAAACUGCAGAUUUAAUUCCCCUGUGUCAUUCUUUAUCGAUAACUUAUGCGAAUGUAUGGUUAACACUAAAUGAUGAUCUGGAGAGAGUCGAAAUUUUAUCUGAGGUUAGAUGCAUUGGAAAAACUGGAGUCGAAAUGGAAGCUCUUACUGCAGUAAGCGUUGCAGCCCUUACCAUUUAUGAUAUGUGUAAAGCUGCUGCAGCACCAAAUACCAUGAAAAUUUCAGGAAUAGAAUUGGUUUCGAAAGUCGGAGGCAAGAAAGACUUUUUUAAAGUCUUGUAGUUCUUGUAGU